AUGGUCAUUGAUUACAAACGACAAUUGUUUCAAAAGAUGAAUGACAACCACUUUCAAGGACAACCACUUACAACUGCUGUGAUGGGCCAUGGAGGUGAUGGUGGUGACGAGCCACCACAUCCGUUCGAUGCAAAUUUUGGUGUUCACCAGAUUGAUUCUUUGGAUAAGAACACCUGGAAAGAAGUUCCUGAAGCCGAUCGGAAUGGCAUGUUUACAUAUCUUUCGACAUAUUUUGAUUUUCAAGCCAUUUCAAAUGAUCUCGAUGCUAGAAUUUUGUGGGCAUCACUGAACCAUCGGAUAUGUCUGCGGUAUAGAGGCAGCAAAAAUAUUGCGAAAGGUAAAUUUAUAGAUAUGCUAGAGGGUGUGGAGGCAGCAAGGGCUCGAUCCCCCUGUAUUAAUAAUCUUUGUGAAAUGCAAAAUACUUUAGUUUAUGAGGUUUCUUUACAAACUCAAUACAUAGCUGACUCCGGUGGUGAUCCGAACUCCAUUGAUUGGAUAUCCUUAUUUGAGAAGGUGUUAGGUGCUCAAAGGGGACAUGAUGUGGAUGUUAAUGCUUUUCUCCAAAACCCGGUGUUUGUGAUGGCAAAUGAAGAUAUUAUCCGGUCAUUUAGCAAGCAAGUCGACAAUGCGACCAAUAAUGACGAGGAAAACGAUGAUAGGGACGACGAUUAG